AUGUCUUCAGCAAGGGGAUUGCUAGCAACGGGAGUGCCUCCCGCCCCCGUCUGGCUCCUUUACAUCAAGUAUGCCAUUCUUGGACUUGCGGUCGUCGUCCUGGCUCUUUCCGCCUACGCCUGCUCCUUCUUCGGUGGAGGCGCCGCCGGAUUCUUGAUCUUCAUUGCCAUCAAGACGAUAAUUAUUUACGGCGGCGCCAUCGCUCUCGAGAUCUACGCGCCUCAGUACUACUUCCGUAUUGGCCUCCUCAUCGCGUAUUGUCUGGGUGUCAUCUUCUGGCUCAGCGCUUGGGCUUGGGCCGCGUCCACCGCUGCCUUCUGGCUCUCCUGGGCCGUCUACAGCCAUGGCACAGGCGGGGCCUUGGCUGGCUGCGCUGCUCUCGGCGCUGUCGCUUGGAUCCUGUCGAUCGUCAACUUGGUCUUCUUCAUCAAGGCCUGCCUCGCCGACGCGCCUCCUGCUACCGGCGCUCACCAGGCCGAGCUUGGCCAAGUGAAGCAGGACCCCAUUUCGACCCCGUCCCCGGCCCCGGCUGCGGCCGCGACCGAAUACCCUACCGGCCAGUACCCUCAGGCCGAGUAUGCCCAGCCUAACCCGUACCCUGCCGAGCAGCAGUACCCAGUUCAACCAACCCAGCCAGCUCAGCAUUAUCCCGCUCAGCAGUAA